UUCACUAACUUGGACGACGCGCCAGGCAGGCUAACCUCUUCCCUUUCGCAAAGUCCACCUUUUCUUGUCGUGUCCUCGCCAGUUGGAUCCGCUUUGUAAUGCGUUGAGAGCAUCUUGGACGGCAAGGGUGGUGACAAUGGCGGCAGAGGCAGCGGGAAGCGUGCUCGAGCAGCUGCGCUUCGCAAUUCAGGACUUGGGCUUCGUCCAAGUCCCAGAGUUUGCGUCGACACUUCUCUGGACGAGCCUAGGUGCCUUGGUCCUCAUAUACCUGGCUUUCCACGAGAACGACAAGCCGAUCCGCUACACGGUUCCGCCACCCAAGCGGCCCGAGAAGGUUGAGGUUCUUGACCAGCCCGCUAUCAAGGUGUCAGGCUCGACCGCAAUCCAAUGCUAUGCCCCCGCGACAGGACAGUUCCUUGGCCUCGUGAAUCCGUCGACCCCCAACGCCAUUGACCGCGCCGUCGAGCAAGCCCGAGCCGCCCAAACCAAGUGGGCUAAGACCACAUUUCCCCAACGACGCGCCGUUCUCCGUUCCCUGCUGCAAUAUGUGCUGGACAACCAGGAAGAGAUCUGCCGCGUGGCAUGCCUCGACAGCGGGAAAACCAUGGUGGACGCGCAGCUCGGCGAGAUCAUGGUGACGGUCGAGAAGCUUCAAUGGACCAUCAAGCUUGGCGAGACGGCGCUGCGUCCCUCGCGGAGGCCCACCAACUUGCUUCUAGCGUACAAGCGCAACACGGUGUUCUAUGAGCCCCUCGGCGUCGUGGCCGCCCUCGUCAGCUGGAACUACCCCUUCCAUAACCUGAUCGGCCCCGUCAUCAGCGCCCUGUUCUCCGGCAAUGGCAUUCUCGUUAAAGUCUCGGAGCAAACGGCUUGGAGUUCGUCAUACUUCGCCAACAUUGCUCGCGGCGCCUUGGUCGCCCACGGUCACGACCCAGCCCUCGUCCAAAUAGUCGUCUGCUGGCCGCAAACAGCAGGCCACAUCACCUGCCACCCGGGGAUCAGCCACAUAACAUUCAUUGGCUCCCGCCCAGUGUGCCACAAGGUCGCUGCCUCAGCUGCCAAAGCUCUCAUUCCCGUCGUGGCCGAGCUAGGCGGCAAAGACGCCUCCAUCGUCCUGGACUCAGUCAGCAAGCGCGACCUACCGCGCGUCAUCGAGAUACUCUUGCGCGGCUCGUUUCAAGCAUCGGGCCAGAACUGCAUCGGCAUCGAGCGCAUCAUCGCGGCACCAGCUAUCUACGACGAGCUCGUCUCCAUACUCGAACCACGCGUCCGCGCCCUGCGCCUCGGCCCCGCCGCCGACGUAGGCGCCAUGAUCUCGAACGCCUCCUUCUCCCGCCUCGAAGGCCUCAUCGCCGAUGCCGUCCAGCACGGCGCCCGCCUGCUCGUCGGCGGGAAACGCUUCAUCCACCCAGACCACCCCAAGGGCCAUUACUUCUCCCCGACUCUCCUCGUCGACGUCACCCCGGACAUGGCCAUCGCCAACGAAGAGUGCUUCGCGCCCAUCAUGGUGCUCAUGCGCACGCCGUCGGGCUCGGCAGAGUCCAUCCUCUCCGUGGCCAACGCGCCUCAUUUCGGGCUGGGCAGCUCCGUGUUUGGAUCCGAGUCGGACCCGCGCAUCGCCGAGAUCGUUCGGGGAAUCAAGGCCGGCAUGGUGGCCGUCAACGACUUCGGCGUGACGUACGCGGUGCAGAUGCCGUUUGGCGGCGUGUCCGGUUCCGGAUACGGGCGCUUUGCCGGCGAGGAAGGGCUCCGGGGCCUGUGCAACGUCAAGGCCGUGUGCGAGGACCGCUUGGGCCGGUGGCUGGGGGUCCGCACAGCGAUUCCGCAGCCGGUGCGGUACCCCGUCAUGGAUCAAGAGAGGAGCUGGCGGUUUGCAAAGGGCGUGGUGGAGAUUGGGUAUGGGGUAGGAGUUGUUAGGAAGAUUGGAGGGGUGUUGGGGAUCAUGAAGAAUAGUUGAGACGUUAGAUGUAGACGAUAUUGAGCAAGGGGAGCAAGCUCUUCGGGUCACGUAAUCUAUUAAUAUAAGAUUAGUAUCCAC